CCUUAGGAAGAUAUUUGACUCACCUACAAUUUUGUUAAGUAUGGAAGUAGCAAGGCGUAGCAACGGCUUCCGUAAGGUUGCCAAGUGGAUUGUCGGCGCAGUUGUUGUGGCAGGUGCUGCCAGUGGCAAUGUCCUAUGCAAUGAGGUUUCGGAACCACAACAGGCUGAACUUGGUGAAGUGAACACUGAGGUUAAUGUGAAUGAAGAAAUUAACACCGAGGUUAAAGAUUCAAAGAGCGCUGAUGUAAAUGUUGCUCACGCCGACAUUAAAUCCAAAGACCAUGGAAAUGAAUCCGGUAAAAAUGUAGCUGCUAUUGCUCAAGAUGUGAAGAUAUCAAGAGAACCGGAGGCUGUAGGUUUUGUCAGCUCUCUUGGCAAAGAGUACACUAACAGAGAAAUAGACAACCUUAUAGACCGAACUGGUUUGACAGGUAAAAAAGGAGUAAUCCGGCAUAUGUUAGGCGUCAGGAGGGCUGAAUUAUUACGUGAAAUGAGGAAGUUCAACAGAAUAUUAGAAUCUCUUCCAGAAGACAUUGCUGUGAAAGCAGGCGCUUAUGCAACCUAUGAUAAACUACCAGCUGAUUUAGCUGAAAAAGUGAAAUGGAGCCAUCUGAAUACUACUACCUUUGGCCUUUUGGAAAAGGUCCCUCAAAACCUAGCAGAUGAAAUGAUGAAAUGUGAUAUUUACGAAGGAUUCCCAGGUACUUUGAUCGAUAAAAUCAAUGCAUUUUUACAUCCUGUCGAUCCCUCUACUGUGAUUAAUGAUAAAGAAAAAGAUGGGAAGAGUGUUGAUGGUACACCGGCCACACCGGGAAGUACUGAAGUUACAGAAGAAGCCGAAGAGAGAGAGGAUGCCAUAAAGGAGAGUGAUGAUAGUGUAAACGAGGGUAAGGAGUCCAAAGAAGAGGAAUAAUUGGUUGACAAAACUACGGAGUUAAUACAUAAUACCUGAAAACAAUGGAGAUAUUGAAAGUUACCAAGUAAACUUUAAUCUAAACCAUGGUACAAAUUUUGGUAAUUAAUUGAAGAGGUCAUGCCGUUUACUAAUGGUAACAGUAUUGAAUGAUAGUGUGGAUUCCACAGCGCUAGAGACACGGCUCUCAACGAAGGAAU